AUGUUUGCAAGAAGCAUUCGUACUGCUGCAGCGCUCAUCGCCCUUCUUGGGACAAGAACAUCUGCAUCUCCCAUCUCUCCAGGCUUAACUCUGGGUGAAGGGCUUCUCGUGCAGACAUCUAGCGGGCCGGUCCAGGGGUUCAUCAAUCUGACCACGCCCGACGUUCGUCAGUUCCUGGGAGUCCCCUUCGCAGAGCCUCCCAUCGGGGAGCUCCGCUUUGCAAAGCCCGUGGAGAAGAAGCCCAAUGGGAUGGUCAAUGCCUUCGCGCUUCCUCCUUCCUGCAUACAGCAAACGAGCAACAGCUCGUCGAUAUACACCGCCUAUGAGAAGGGGUUCCUGAUCAGCGGCGGUGACUCGGAAGAUUGCCUCUACCUUUCGAUUUGGGCACCUAAGGUGGAGAGUAUCCGCUCCCAGGAGCGACCGCUGCCUGUGCUGCUCUAUGUCCCAGGUGGAGGCUUCACGAGCGGUGGCCAGGCUUCCAUGUAUAAAAUUCCCGAUCAUUGGAUUCAGCGAUCGCAGUCACAUAUUGUGGUCAUUAUGAAUUACCGUGUCAAUGUCUUUGGGUUCCCUAAUGCUGAAGGUCUGCAAGAUCAGAACCCCGGUCUCCUCGACCAGCGAACGGCUGUAGAGUGGGUGCACGCCAAUAUCGCAAACUUCGGCGGUGACCCGGACAGGAUCACCCUCUGGGGCCAGUCUGCAGGAGGAGGCAGUGUCUCACUCUAUACUUACUCGUACCCCGAUGACCCCAUUGUGGCUGCUGUGGCCGCCGACUCGGGUGCCCCAGGCAUUGUGAGCUUUCAGGACUAUGCCCAUACCAAUUUUACCUUCCUAGCCGGUCUCGUCGGCUGCGGUGGGCUGAACAGCUCAUCAGCCGAGCUCAGCUGCGUGCGAGGUGUGCCUGCAAAGACCAUACAGAAUGCACUUUCCACGUAUUCCGGUACACCAUCCAUCUCCUUCAAGCCGUCUGUGGACAAUGUCACGGUCUUCGCGAACUGGACUCAGCGGGCGCUCGAAGGCAAGGUCGCCAAAAUUCCCAUGAUAAUCGGUAGCAACGCCAACGAAGGAGCCGGCUUCGUCUCCUUCACGCCCAAUGGACCCGGUGCCGCAACGCUCUUCAAGCUAACCGAGUCCAUCAUCGCCUGCCCCGUUGCUCACGAAGUCAAGAAUCGCAAUUUAGCCGGUCUGCCGACUUACCGUUACCAGUACGCGGGAAACUUCACCAACAUCUCGCCCCUCCCUUGGUUCGGGGCCUACCAUAGCUCCGAGCUGCCGAUCCUCUUCGGCACGCACAAUCAAUAUGGCGGACCUUCGACGCAGUUCGAGUGGGAGGUCAGUUACGCCAUGGAGGCCCUCUGGCUAUCUUUCGCGGAGGAUCCCUCGCGGGGGCCGGUCCGUCUGACCGUCGAGAGUGCUGCACUCAACCCAAACAAUAGUAGCUACUUCGCGUGGCCGGAGUUCCAGCAGGGGUCGUCUAAUCUCGUGGUGUUCGCAGAGAAUGAUGUAUUGAUGCAGCUGGUGACCUCCGACCGCAUUGACGAUCAUUGCUCGGGCCUGUGAAGCUCGAGGAGGUGUAUUGUUUAC